GGAGCGCAGAUGGCCACGCCCACACUUAUUGGCGAUGCAGCUGCACGCUUGUGCUACUGGGCUUCUGAUCGCAACAUCAGAAAUGAUAAAAGUUUGCUUCUGUAAACACUGAAUUCUGUUCGUUUUGUAUGUGGCAUGAACGGCAUAUACGAAAAACUGCAAGCUGCAUAAAGAAAAACAAGAGACAUGGUGGAAAAGACGCACGGGAUUCACUUAUCCAAGACACAAGUUGGGACGACAGGCAAUGGUUUCUAUGGUGAGCCUUUAGAUGCAGAGGAUCAUGGGAUAGAUGACCAGGCUGAGCAGCGCUCCUGUCUUAUUUGCGGAGACCGUGCCACAGGUCUGCACUAUGGCAUUAUUUCCUGUGAGGGAUGCAAGGGCUUCUUCAAGCGCAGCAUCUGCAACAAACGCGUCUACCGCUGCAGCCGCGACAAGAACUGCGAGAUGUCGCGCAAGCAACGUAACCGCUGCCAGUACUGCAGACUUCUCAAGUGCCUGCAGAUGGGAAUGAACCGCAAAGCAAUCAGAGAGGAUGGUAUGCCAGGAGGAAGGAAUAAAAGCAUCGGCCCUGUCCAGAUAUCUGAUGAGGAGAUUGAGCGGAUUAUGUCUGGACAAGAGUUUAAGGAUGAAGCCAACAUGCCAGAACACACAUGGGGAAACAACGGCGACAGUGACCACAGUUCCCCUGGCAACGGUGUCUCCGAUGGGAACCAGCCCUCUCCUGUAUCCACACUUUCAUCCAAUCGUUCCGUGGAGCUAAACGGCUACACUGCAGCUCUGAGGGAACAGUACAUUGGCACCGCGAUGGCCCAACACUACCAGUUUUUGCCCCAUCUGUUUGGAUACGCAGCACAGCCGCGGAGUCUGUACCCUCAGAGUCAUACCCUCAUCAGCCAGCUGGUGGCAGCAGAGGAACUGGCCCCACUUGGCACACCCAUGCUCAUCGAGGACGGGUAUCGGGUCACUCAGGUGGAGCUCUUUGCCCUGUUGUGCAGACUUGCGGAUGAACUUCUGUUCAGACAGAUCUCGUGGAUCAAAAAGCUGCCGUUCUUCUGCGAGCUGUCUAUCGAGGACUACACGCGGCUCCUGAGCGCCACCUGGCAGGAACUCAUCCUACUGGCCUGUCUGACUGUCUACAGCGCUCAGGUUCUGGGCGAUCUUGCCAACGUGACCGACAAAUACACACCAUCCGACGAUGAGCUGCAGGGUUUCAGUGAGGAUGGGAUGGAGGUGAUGGAGAAGCUGAUCUAUCUGUUUCGUAAAUUCCAUCAGCUGAAGGUCAGCAAUGAGGAGUACGCCUGCAUGAAGGCCAUCAACUUCCUCAACCAAGAUAUCCGGGGUCUGACCAAUGUGACCCAGCUGGAGCAACUAAACAAGCGUUACUGGUACGUUUGUCAGGACUACACCGAGUACAAGUACCCUCACCAGCCUAAACGCUUUCCUGAGAUUAUGAUGUGUCUGCCAGAAAUCCGCUGUAUUGCAGGGAAGUUGGUCAAUAUUCCUUUGGAACAGCUCCCCCUGUUGUUUAAGGCAGUAUUGCACUCCUGUAAGUCAAGUCUGAACAACUACAAGACAGGCUCCUCCCCCUGCGUGACUAAGGGUACCACCCCCGCCAAUUAACCCUACCCCCUUCGACACACCCCUUCCCAUCUAUUGCACGGGGGCGGGGUGUUAUUCGGAGUGGGACUCCGGGUACCCCACUCUUCUGAUGAAUGUGACGAGAAACUAUUUUAUGCAUUUUGUUUAGUGUAGUUUUGUUUUUUGUUUUCUUUCUAUUUAUUACCAGACAGAGCUGAAUGUAUGUUGAUCCACACUGUGCACCUGUUUCUGUUCAAAUGGAAAUGCACAAAAAGCGCAGUGGAUUUCACACGCUUCAGUCCAACUGCGAUAUGUGACGGUGUAACCACUGAUCAGAUUAGAUCUACCACUAGGUUUUAUUUUGUACAUUUAUUCGCUUUUUCAGGGGGGGCGAUAGGGACAAAAAUAGUUUAAUUGAAAAACUACCUCAGGAAGAAAAUGUCUUACGAACUCUUUCUUGAUUCGCAAUGCUCCGGCUGAUCGGAUGUUAAUGUUGAUAUUAGGCCUUCAAUUUUUUUUUAAAGAACGUUUUGUCGUUUUAUUCACAGACAAGACGUGCAUUUAUAUUGCACAGCAAUUUUCGAACACGGCCAGUAGUCACUGAGACCCAUUCACGUCUGCGGUUUUUAUCUUCCUUAAUAUUGCUGUGAUGGGAGCGUGAUUGUUUACACGAAAGAGAUGUGUACGGUAUUUUUUUACAAUCAUAGGCUGGGGACGAAUUGAGGAUUUUACUUGACAACAGAAUGUGUCUGUUAAUAUUGUCUUUUUUUCUUUUUUUUUCGACCAAAGUAUUAUGCAAAGUCGGGGGAAGUGAGCGCUGUGCUUAGCUCAACCAUGUUGAAACGACAGUCUUAGUCAGAGGCUAACAUGAUUUUCAACAUCGAACUGCACGCUCCAUGCGGUUUGCACUGAGUCAGACUGUGAAUUGUGGUCAAUUAUAUCGAAAUCGACCAUUUCACAGAUAUUUGGUUCCCGUGUUGAAGUAUAUUGAAGUAUUGUAGUAAUUACGCAGCUACACCUUUGAUAUUUAAAAAAGUAGACGCAAAAUAUGUGUAUGCUAGGUACGUUUUCGAAAGUGAAAACUGAUCUGCCCUCUCGCCAGAAAUCAGAAUAUCUUGCACUGUAAAAAAGAUUUGUUGGUUCAACUUAAAGUAAGUUACCUGGUUUUCUUAAAAUUUUAAUUCAACUUAAAUUAUUAGUUUAAAAAAAAGUUGAUUAUGUUAACUAAUAUUUUUUACGGAGCCUUUAAGGGGACAUGGAGCAAAAAUUAAAUAAAGUUAAGUUUCGCGUGCGCUCGUGAAACUAUUGCGUGCGCACAUGAAACUAUCGCGUUUAGUUUUGCGUGCUCACGUGAAUCUAUCGGGUGCUCAUGUGAAAAUUUCGCGUGUGCACGUGAAACUAUUGUGUGCGCACGUGAAACUACCGCGUUUAGUUUCGCGUACUCUCAUGAAACUAUCGCAUGCUCACGUGAAACUUUUGCAUGCUCACGUUUCACAUGCGCACGCGAUAGUUUCACGUGCACAUGCGAAACUAAACUUUAGAUUUUUUACUCCAAUGUCACAUAAGGGCCUCGGUAAUUUUUAAGCUGAAUUAACAAAAUUUUUUAAGGCAAAUAGGUAAUUUACUUAUUUAAGUUGAACCAACUUUUUUACAGUGUGGUCAUAAUUUAUUCGUUAAAAUUUGGUCGAAUUUUCUUCCAAAUUAUCUCGAACUCCAAUGAAGGGCAUUUAUUUGAAUUAUCGAAAUUGUUGCGUGGAGAAAUUGGAUUUUCUCACCGAGCAGGCAGUCGAGUUCAGGCCUAGCUUGCUGCUGGUUCCUUCCCUCACGUUUUAAACAGGGUAAAGUUACCGUUUUUAGUACAGUACACCCCCGUUGCUCACGAAAAUCUCAGUACUGGUGUACUUGUAGCUUUAGUAGUUUGUAGUAAUCUGGACAUCGUAGGUCCUUUUAGAUGUUUUUUGUUUGUUUCUUUUUUUAUCAAAACGGUGUUGUUUUAAGGGUAUUUGGUUUGGUUUUAAUUAUCAAAUGCAAUGAGUUUUACCAUAAAAGCGAUUAAAAAAAAUGAUAAAAACUUGACUGAGAUGCUAGCUAGUCCAGCUACGACAAACUAUCAAAUGCCCUGGACGUUGUCGAUAGUUUCUUUUCUUUCGUUUUUUCCAAGGCAUCUCUGGAUGUGCUCGCUGUAACUCUCAUCAUUUCAGACAUUCCAAACAUGUUAGUUAUGCGUCGAGUAAUGUUUACAUAUUUGCACCUGACAAUGACUCUAGGGGUCCAUACCAAAGAUGUGCGAUCAGUUUGGUAACGCCCCGUCUCAGGCCUGACAAGUGCAGCUAAAGCCGGGUGGCAACACUUCGGCAUCUCUGUCAAAGCCUUUGCAGAUGCCACCAAAUGGUUUGUGUUAAUGGUUAACUGAUUUUUAAAUGCUUACACGUAGGUCAAAUGCUACAGCGCUGUCCGUGUGUCCUUAAUUGUAAACGCUUUGUUUCAUCCAGUCCGCAGUGCAUUUGUUUGUAUCCCGUCGUCGUUCCGUUUUGUAUUUUGUUUACUCGUAGAUAUCGUGAAUGUUUUCUUUUCUCGUGGGAGUUUGUUUUGGAGUGUGGGCAAACUAAAUGUUGACUCUUAUAAUAGACUAAACUCAUGAUACAGAAGGUAUUUGUUACAGGUAAGAACUCCAAAACACAGUGAACUAAAGCGCGAUAGGAUGUGUUUUACACGCCAUUACCCACGUAAGAACAGACCUUUAGGUGUCUAGAACAAAGGUUCAUUUUGCAGAUGACGCUGCUAUAAACAUCAGCCUUCGUGAAUGUGGCCGUUAACUCUACGUAGUGAGUUUGUUUUGAAAUCGCCCAGUUGGUCGUCAUAUUUGACGAAGAGUCGGAAAUAUCGGCCUGAUUCUCUAAAAGGAACUCGGGACUUUUUGAUUUUGCUCUAGUGGCCUGACAGUACCUUCAAAACAACUUUACAGACCUUACAUCUGAUCCAUAAAUGAGCCAAUUUCCAUUUAGGCCUAUUUGUUUCGUGUUUUCCUUCAUAUUUCAUUUGUUUCUUUUUAUACAUUUUCUUUUCACAUUUCUACAUUGAAACUACCUCUUGUGUGAUAUCAUUUUGCGUGCUUUCAUUAAGGAAAAGGUGUUAAUCGUUAUUUAUUGGUUUCAUAGCACCACUCACCCCAUUUUGUAACCUUCAGAGAUUGAGAUAAGAAUAUAGUUUUCAUGUUUUCAUAUAUCUAGUUUCUGGCUAACAAUAUGUUUACCGUUAAUUGUUCCUCAGAUUUACAUCAAAUGCUGCGUAGUGCGUUUACUUCACUCUUCAAUGAAGACCGUUUCUCAGUGCAAUUAUAACAUUGUUCUCAGUAUUAUAUUUAUAGUUGUGAACACUGUAUGUAAAUUGUUUUCAUGAAGAAUGUAUUUUUUUGUCGAUACAAUGUUUUUUCUCAACUGUUUACAUUUUGUCAAUUCAUUGUAACGUUUGAUUACUUUAACGCUUUUCAGCCAAUCGGAUUUCUUUCAAUUGAUUGUUACGGGUAUACUGAUUGGUUAUUGAAAGACUAUCAAAGUGCUGUUUAACAUGAGACUUCAUAGACAGAGGAACUUUCCUCUGUGCAAUUAUUGUUAAUCAAAUGGGGAUUUUAAUAUAAGAAGAAACAUGGUGAAUGUUGGGGCUUGAGCUCACCAUAAAGAGCCAGAUGAGAGGUUUUAACGCAUGGGUGAUAUCUCAGGGAAUAGACACGCUACCAAAAAUCAUCAGCACUCGCUGUGUUAACAACACUGUUACAUUGCUAAGCUUACAAGGUGACCUCCUUUUAAGUGAAAUGUGACUUGAAUGUUUUGUGUCUGUGUGGUUUUGGGAGUUUUGUCUGAGGUGUUUUUCCUAACCCACGUCAAAAACCUCUUCCUCUGCCUCGCUGACUUUUACUACCUGUGAAGAAUGUGACCCAUACGUGUUAUAAAAGCAUGUUUAGGAUGUUUUAGAACUUGAAACCAAAUAAAUGUGAAUCUUAUGCAACUGUGAAA